UGUUCAGGAUGGACACACACUUCAAUGUACUUGCUCUUAUUGUUAUCAUGUUCUUGUGUUGCACACUCUGUAGUGCAGACAUCGCCUGUAGAAAUGAAGCUGGAGAGUCUGUGGACUGGUUUGUCAUCUACAAGCUGCCCAGGUACAAGAUAGGUGAGGUGGGCAGUGGUGUAGACUAUCUGUACCUGGACUCCUCGGUCGGUAGCUGGCAGUGGAGUAAAUAUAUGAUUAACUCCAGUCAAGGAGCCGUAGGCAGCACCCUGAGCCAGCUGUAUAAGGCACAGGCGUACAAGUCCAACAGCUCGGUCUAUGCCCUAUACAAUGAUGCACCACCAGAGUUGAACUACACCCAAGACUACGGACACACUAAAGGGAUGUUGCACUUUGACCACUCUCAAGGCUUCUGGCUCUCACACAGCAUUCCCCAUUUCCCAUCAUUCCCUGAAAGAGGCUACAUUUACCCCUCCUCUGGCAAAGUCAAUGGCCAGACUGCCUUGUGUGUGACCUACCAAUAUAAGGAGCUCCUCCUCAUCGUGAAGCAGUUGGCGUACCUUUACCCACGUUUCUAUAACUGUUCUGUACCUGCCAUGUUCUCGGCUGACCUGUCACAGCUGGCCCAGUUAUGCAAAGGCUCCAAACUACCGCUGGCCUCAAAUAAGAAGAUGGAACCGCUUUUUUCCGCUCAUGGGGAAAAGUUUGUUAGUUUUGUCAAAUCUGCACACUUUGUAGAUGAUAUCUACAUGGGCUGGGUGGCCCAGGCCCUGAAGGCAGACCUACUUGUGGAGACCUGGCAGAGACAAGGCCACGAUCUGCCCUCCAACUGCUCCCUCCCCAAACAUGCCCUCAACAUCAAGAGGAUCCGACUUCCUGGAUCGGUGCGGUUCCGGUCCCGCUACGACCACUCCAAGUGGUGUGUGUCCCGGGCUUAUGAGGACCAAGUGACCUGUCUGGGGGACUUGAACAGGGAGAGGGCCCAGAUGUGGCGUGGCGGGGGGCUGACCUGCUCCUUCAAUCCCCUGAUUUAUAAAGCCUUCCGACAGCUGGUGGACUGGUAUAUUAGCUGUAAAUGACAGAGAAGUGACUGGGAUCAGAUCAGUCAGACACUCAACAGGUUCAUAAGCACUGAUCCCAAAUUAGCAAUUUACUAGAUUUAACACCCUAGCAAGGUUUGUUUGUUUGUUUGUUUGUUUGUUUGUUUGUUUGUUUGUUUGUUUGUUUGUUUGUUUGUUUGAUUUAAAUCAGUUAGUAACAAAUUUUACCACUUUUAAAAUUUGGAAACUUUUAGCAACUUUUGAAAAGUGACUGAAACACUAAAACACACAUUUUCCCUUUAAAUGAUAGGAAAUGAUUUUCUCUGUCAUAGUCACAUAAACCCACAGUCUGUCUGCCUAUAGCUGUAAAACUCAGUGUCUCCAACUUUGAACUUACAAAAAAGAAACUUGUGACAAAUCUAUCCCUUUUUCUGGUGUUGUUGGAGACUUUUGGAGACUCUGACGUGAAAGCAUACAUCAUUGUUUGUCUAAAACAAAUCACUGCAGUGAAUAUAAAUCAGUUUAUAAAUCAGUUUUAUAUUAGUAUUUCUCUAGUGUCUCUUUUUGUUCCAUUUAUAUUCUUGAAUUGAAUGAAGGUACAAACUAAACAAACAAACCAAUAAAUAACUAACUAACCAAACUCCUCCAGAGUGUCUCUUUUGGGUCACUUUAGCUGGUCCCCAACCCCAGAUAAAGGAGGACAGUUGGAAUUGGGACAUUCAAAAAAACAAGAAUUGACAGAGUAUAGUUCAUUUGUAGUUCUAAACAUAUUUAGGGUGUUUUUAUUCUCACUUUUUGUCACAAACGCAAUAUUAUUCUUCUGUCCUAUAUCAUGCAUUACAAUUAAAUGCACAUUUACAAUUAUGCAAAUUAGGUGGUGACAUCCUUUAACACCUUCUAGUGACUUUUAGGACAGAAAAUAGAUACUUUCACUACUGAGGAGUUGGAAACACUGUUUAUGAGUGGAUGGUUUCAGAGGUGAUAUUUGUUUUUAUCAUGAAUUUCAGGCAAAUUAAAUGAGUCAAACGUACAGUACAGAAUUUAUUCAGUAAAGGUGUUUCAUUUCAAAUUCUUGUGAAAUUCAGUUAGUUCUAACAACUUUUGCAUUUCCAUAAACAUGCAGAUCAGUUGUUCAACAACUUUUUUGUCUUGUGACCCCAUUUUAACAUCACAAAUUUCUAGUGACCCCAGACACUCAAAACAGAGAAAUUUUUUUGCUAAAAUUAAUUUGUUUUU